AUUUUUUGAAAAUAAAAUGCGUUUUACGUUAAUUGCCAGUAUAAACUACAUUACACUCGAUCGAUUGUCAUAAUUAUCUGGAUUAACAUUAAUGAAAAAACUACUAUAUGCAUACUAUUCUUUUAAAUUCUUAUGAUUCCAGAUUAGAAGAUUAAACAUUUCUUAUCAAUUAGUGUUUUUUAGGAAUCCCAGUUAUCAGGUGGGAAUUACCUAAAUACGCAUUACAUAAGUUUGGAUUGAAAUUGUCAGGCAGGAUAAAAUGGAAGAGGAUAUUAUCUCAAGGGACUCCCAUAUAAAAUACAAUUUGGAGAGUUAUCUAUCCUAUAUCUGUGAAUGUGUGGACGUCAAGGAUCUACUACUUAACCUAGACUAUUUUACCGGCGAACAAAGACAGGAAAUAAAGCAAUUAGUUCGAGAAAAUCCAGUUCGUGCCACUCAGAAAGCAUUUAAAACGUUGAUGAACAAGGACUCACCGGGACUUUUUACAGCAUUAUUGCAGGCAGUUGAGGAAGAUUAUCCAAAAAUUGUCAAGCUUCUCAGUGGGGAAGUUGUUAAAUGUGAUGAAAACUAUAGAAGGAUUGUGAACUUGUUUGCUACAACGGUCAUCAACGAGGUACAGCCACAAGAAUUGCUUAUUUCUCUGAGAAAGUAUAAUGUUCUUACGGCGCUAGAAGCCGAGGAGACGAUGAAAGAUGAACAAAAUUACGGGAAAACUAGAGCUGCAUUGUACAUCAUUACAAAUAUACAUAGACAUGUAGAAGAUUGGUUCAAAUAUUUCCUUAUAUCGCUGAUUGAGAAUGGCUGCGAACAUUUGGCCCAGAUAUUGGAUGACGACAUGGUUCAGAAAAUAAAAGCACAAGCAUCUUACAAUCCGGACAACGAAAACACUGAUGAAGAAAAACAAUGUAACGAUGUUAAAGAACAUAUUCAAAAUAUUCACCAUAAGGUCUCUGUAGACACAAAGAUUAAAAACAUUCCUCUACCAGAAAAGGAAGGGUAUACUAAAUUACAAAACGUCCACAGCAAUGGGGACAUUGCAGCAUGA